AUGUUACGUUCUUUGUUGUCACUGGGUCGGACCCCCGACUAUCUCUUCCCCAAGGUGGAUCCUACGCAGGACGGUCCUGACUGCCUCAAAGACUGCGCCGACUGCACAACGCAGUUCCCAGACAAAGUGAAAAUCGAAACUUCAAGACCAUUGUACGGCCACAUCAAAGAAUUCCACUCCCACGUCCUGGUCGCGACGGGGCGGUCCGAUUGGAAGGAGAAAGUCGGACAGGAGAAAGGGAGUCUGAUGGAGGCAUUUGAUGAAGGUUCAGCCAAAUCCAGACUCGGCCGCAUCAUGGUCUCGGCAUCAAAUAUCCAACCCCUAGACCACUCAGGCGACAAUUCGACCCCUACAACGGUACUCAUUCUCCCAGCAUUCACAUUCGUGGACUCUGUGUCACAAGCAGACGUCCCGGACUUGGUCAACCGAUACAUCGACAACUAUGACGAAAAGAUCGACAAAUCUAUUGUUACACCAGACGCAGGCAUGAACGCCCGCCCUUGCGAACUGGACUACGUGGUUCUACUGUGUUCGCACCGACGACGAGAUGCGCGCUGUGGAAUUACAGCGCCUCUUAUCAAACGUGAGCUCGAGCGCCAUCUUCGCCCCCUGGGUCUUGAUCGUGAUGCGGAUGAUUCACGGCCUGGUGGUGUUGGCAUUUUCUUUGUCUCGCAUGUUGGGGGCCACAAGUUUUCUGCUAAUGUGCUUGUUUAUCGGAAGAAGAAUCAGCAGAUGAUCUGGCUUGCGCGAGUAAAACCAGAACAUUGUGAGGGUCUAGUCAAGUAUACUAUUCUGGAGGGGAAGGUUGUCCAUCCUGAGUCACAGUUGAGGGGUGGGUUUGACAGGGUGCGGGGGCUGACGAGCUGGUGA